AUGCCACCCAAUUCCGUUGUAAAAACAUCCCUGAUUGUUGGAGGACUAACAUUUCUGGGUUUUAUGGCUGGAGGAAGACUUGGUUCUAUGUUUGGAGCAGUUAUUGGAACAGUGGUUUGUUCAAUGUUUAAUAUAGAAGAACCAACCGGAUUACAAGACCCUCGGCCUCGAGAUGAAAAUCCUCGCUUUGCACCUUAUCCCCGUCCAAGCAAUACAAAUCGGAAUAAUAAAAAUAAAGUCAAUAAAUCUAAAAAUGAACCGUGUGAACUAUCAAAAUGUUCAAUAUGUCUUGAACCAUUUAAAGCUUCAAUUGUAUUAUUACCAUGUUCACAUAUGUGUUUUUGUGAUGAAUGUUUUGAAAAAGUGAAGAAAAAAAAGGUUUCUACUUGUCCAAUUUGCAGAGAAAAUAUUGAUAAUGUUAUGUAUGUGUAUCCUUCAUAA